UUUUUUAAUUAACCCUAUUUUCGUUUUCAUUAUCGCCUUUCCUUUUCCUGUUUCAUGUUACGAGACAAGGGACAUCUUUGAGGAUAUCCGUUUCAACAUGUCUGACGCGGAAGGAGACGAUGUCCCAACUGUGGGUGCUGUUAUUUCUAAUGCUCCAAUGGACAUUUACGAGGCCCUGCAAGAGGUUCUGAAAACUGCCCUUAUACAUGAUGGAUUAUGUCGGGGAGUAAAAGAAGUAACCAAAGCACUUGACAAACGACAAGCUCAUUUGUGUGUUCUGGCCAACAGUGUAGAUGAACCUUUAUACUCUAAGCUUAUUGAGGCGCUUUGUGCUGAACAUGGCAUCAACCUCCUUAAGGUUGACGAUGCCAAAAAGCUUGGUGAAUGGGCUGGUCUUUGUAAACUGGACAAAGAAGGCAAAGCAAGAAAGGUCAAUGCUUGUGGAGCCGUAGUUGUUAAGGACUAUGGUAAGGAGUCACAAGCACUUGACGUUGUGAAGGAAUAUUUCAAGUCCAAGUGAAUGUUAUCAACAGUUGGGAAUUCAAAAUAAAAUUGGGACUAUUAACAAA